GAAACAAAACAAAAUCUUGGUGACAAUGACUCGAAAAGAAGAGAAAUUAAAAAGAUAAAGCAAACGAACGAACCCCCGGUUUGCCCAACACACACACACACUCUCUCUCUCUUUCUCUUUCUAUUCCCCAAUUGUUUUCUAAUUUAUUAACGCAUUACCCCCUUUUCAACUACAUUUUUAGGGUUUCACCAACCAUAAUCUCUCGAUUUCACUUCGAGUCUCGCCGGAAACUCUAAAUUAGUUGAGCUGUUAGAUCAAUUGGGUGGUCGGAGAUGUCAACGGAGACUGGGAAGAAAGAGGAGGAGGUGAAGGGUGGGGAGCUCUUGUUCUGUGGUACGACGGCGUGGGACACCAUAGGCCGCCGGAAAGGGUUACCGGAGAGUAACUUGGUUUCUCCGACGAGGCUCCGGCCACUUGUCGGCGUUGACAUUCGGUUUGUUGCUUCUGGGUGUGCUUCCUGCCAUUGUGUUGCUUUGGAUGCUGAUGGACGGUGUUAUACUUGGGGGAGGAAUGAUAAGGGGCAGCUUGGACAUGGUGAUCAGAUCCAACGCGAUACGCCAACAGUGGUUUCUGCACUUGCUUCGUACAAAAUUGUCAAAGCAGGGAGCGGGAAAGCCCAUACAGUUGUAGUGACUGAAGAUGGCCUCUCUUUGGCUUUUGGUUGGAACAAACAUGGGCAGCUUGGUACAGGUUCAGUCAAAAAUGAAAUCGAGUUUUAUCCAGUACGUUGUCUGGCAUCUGAAGUCACGAAUGUUGCAUGCGGAGCGGAUUUUACCGUAUGGUUGACUUCUGUUGAAGGCGCUUCUAUACUAACUGCUGGACUUCCACAGUAUGGUCAACUUGGACAUGGAACUGACAAUGAGUAUAAUACCAAAGAUAGCUCUGUACGGCUUGCUUAUGAGGCUCAACCACGCCCCAAGGCAAUUGCUGCUUUUGCUAAUGAAACCAUAGUAAAAGUCGCUUGUGGAUCAAACCAUACAGUUGCUGUGGACUCAAACGGCCAUGUUUACACGUGGGGCUUCGGAGGAUAUGGAAGGCUUGGGCAUAGAGAGCAAAAGGACGAGUUUAGCCCUCGCCGCCUCGAUGUUUUCACAAAACAUAAUCUUGUACCUCCUACUGCAGUCGUUUCUGCUGGUUCUGUUAAUUCCUCUGUUACUGCUGGUGGAGGGCAGAUGUACAUGUGGGGCAAGAUUAAGAACACCGGUGAUGAUUGGAUGUACCCUAAACCUCUCAUGGAUCUGAGUGGUUGGAACAUACGUUGCAUGGAUUCAGGCAGUAUGCACCAUUUCGUCGGUGCAGAUAGCUCAUGCAUAAGUUGGGGCCACGCUCAAUCCGGUGAACUUGGAUACGGACCCCACCAGCAGAAAUCGUCUUCGAUCCCAAAGAAGGUAGAUGCCCUUGAAGGAAUGCAUGUUAUAAGUGUUGCAUGUGGUUUUGCACAUUCUUUGGUGGUGGUUGAUCGAACGAAUGUCAGUGAUCAACUUGAUCAGCUUGAAAUUUAUGAUGGAAAACCUGUGGGUGAAGGGGUUGAAGAACCUAGUUCCGAACCUCCAGUCGUCAAACAAACUUCCCACCGAAAGGCGGCUGCCGCUGCAAAUACACCCAACAAAAGGAAGAAGAAAUCCAAAGACUCUUCUGAUUCAGAAUCUGAAGAAAACACUUAUGAAGAAGAUGAUGACAGUGACUCAGACGCUAACGGUUUUGCUGAAAAAAAGAGUAAAAGGGGCGGGAAGUCUUCCGGCAGAGGUCGUGGCAGGGGCCGCCCACCUUCCGCUGCAAAGGACAGCGGAGCUGCACCGGCUAAGAGAGGAAGAGGAAGGCCAAGGAAGGCAUGAGUUUGUACUGUUAAUUGUUCACUAACUUGUAUUCUGAUUUGGUUAGCAUUUGGAGCAAAGGUUAGAGGAUGAUUUGUUUAUUUGUAUUCUUGUUUUACUUUGAACUUUUAUGUAUUUUUAUUUUUGGAUGUUUUUUUUUUU